AUGGGUCAACUACUCUCUCAUCCAUUAACCGAAAAGACCAUAGACUACAACGACUACCAGCAUCGUGUCUCGCCGCAAUUGAGCACCUUGGUGCCCCGAUUUUACAACUGUGUCGGGUCCAUGCAGGGUUAUAGAUUGACACAAGAAGAUGCGCAUCUGGUGCUCAACGAGGAAAGUAUCAUGCAAGUGAAGUUUUAUAACCCGUUCAAGGAGACCACUCAGAAGUUGAUAUUGAGUGUAUUUGCCGUGUUUGAUGGUCACGGAGGGGAAGAUUGUUCCAAUUUUAUCAGUGGAGGUGGUUCCAACCCAAAGAAUGGACUGGCUAAAUGGAUCUCUUAUAGUUUUGAAAACCACAAGUAUGGUGCUUGGAAGGGUGAUGGGCCAGUCAACAAUAGCAAUGGACAAAGGAAGUUUAGAACUCUACAGGGAUUGAUAAGUCAAGUCAUUAAGGAUGCAUUUCUACUUCAAGAUAAUGAAUUGUACAAAUAUUUUUUCAAUAGUUCGUGUGGUUCCACCGCCAUAGUGACGAUAAUUAUAAAUGGUGAAUACAUGUAUGUUGCCAAUUGUGGGGAUUCCCGAUGUAUACUUUCAUCCAAGGGCAAUGGUGUCAAGACCAUGUCGUUUGAUCAUAAACCACAACAUAUCGGAGAAUUAAUUCGUAUAAAUGAUAAUGGUGGGACCGUAUCAUUGGGGAGAGUCGGUGGUGUACUAGCGUUAAGUAGGGCAUUUGGUGAUUUCCAAUUUAAGAGAGGAGUCACGUAUUCGUAUGCAAAGAACAAGCCAAAAUUUCAUAAUGUAACACAUAAUGGGAACACACCAGCACAGGAAUCGCAAGUAACAGCAGAACCAGAUGUGGUGAUGCACAAGAUCGAUUAUAAGAAGGACGAGUUCUUAAUACUAGCAUGUGAUGGGAUAUGGGAUGUUUAUAGUAACAAACAACUUUGUAAAUUUGUCAAGUUCCAUCUGACUGCAGGGGUGAAAUUGGAUGGGAUAGUGACCAAGAUGUUGGAUCAUGGUAUAGCACAGGCAAAUAGCAGUACAGGGGUGGGGUUUGACAACAUGACUGUAAUCAUCAUAGCCCUGAACAAGUCUGGAGAGUCCCUUUCAGAUUGGUACACGAAAAUGAAAAUACGUCUGGAGAGAGAGAAGGGAUUGAUCUAA